CAUCACUCAGACAGACAGCUGUUGUCUGAGUGGCUGCAGGUAAGAAAAUGUUCAGGACACCCACCAAAAACAAUGACGCACUCAAGAAUAGAAACGAUAGUUUCCGUCCGUGGUAAAUAAGAACCUAUCUGGUAAAUAAACAGUAGGGACUGUCCGGAUACUCCUGGUACUGGAACUGAACACAGAACCUGAGCUAACUUGGCUAACUAAUGCUAGCAUCGUUGAGCUUGGGUUACCUGAUUUUCUCGCUGGGCAGCAGGAGGGAUUUCUGAAAAGUGUACGCUUUCAGUCGUGCUUCUUCUUCUCCUGUUUGUGUGAAACGUCCCAUGUUACAGAUUGAGCUCGUGGAUGAAGAGAUCUGCCAGCGGACCGAAGAAUUCGAGCAGGUCACCAUGGAAACCUAAUGUUAGCAACGUUAAAGCUGGACGGCUGUUUAAAGUCUUACCUGCCAUUAAACGGCGCCGAAAGACGGAAACACGAAGAGUUUGCCGUGAUGGAAUUUCCUCAGCAUUCCCAGCAGCUGCUGUCCGCCCUGCGGUCUCAGCGCCAGCGGGGCUUCCUCUGUGACUGCACCGUCCUGGUGGGCUCAUCCCGUUUCCUGGCUCACCGGGCUGUUUUGGCCUCCUGCUCGCCAUUCUUCCAUAUGUUCUACUCAGACUCUCCAGGAGGAAACAGCACCAGCAGCUCUGUCACGCUCGACAGUGACAUUGUCACAUCAGCUGCAUUUGGCUUGCUCUUGGACUUUGUCUAUGAAGGAGUGCUGCAGCUUGAAGAGUCACCUCCAGUGGAGGACGUAUUGGCAGCUGCAAGCUUUCUACACAUGAAUGAGGUGGUAAGAGUUUGCAAGAGGCGGCUGCAGAGACGAGGGCCUCUGGCUGAGGCAGACAGCACACGCUCUGAAGAGAGUGCUGGUUCGAGGAAGGAAAUAGAGACACGUAGGGAGGAUGGGGGUGACCGUGGAGCAGAGCCCAUGGUGGCCGUGGCAUCAGAUCACUCAAAUCCAGUCACCAUAGCUGCACCACUGUUAUCAGCAUCCAUGGUGGCAGAGAGGCGCCAUGUGGAGACUGUGAAUUCUGAACAAAGGACUGGUGGGGGGUCAUCAGAGGCACGAGUUCAGACUCCUUUGAGCCCCGAUCUCGCCGAUACCACUCAGCCAGGCAUGGAUGGCCCUCCUCUGCCCCCAGGUGGAGAGCUGGUGCAAGGCUUCAUCACAGGCCAGUCUGCCCCUGCUCCUGGAGGUCACAUCAGGAUGGGGGCUAUGCAUCAAGGAGAAUGCACAGCACUCUGUAGUCCUUGUAGCACCACUGAGACAUGCAGCAGUAACCAGCAGCCUUCCUCCUCAUCUUCUUCUUCUCUAGUCCCAGUGAGCCAGGCUGCUGGUCGCUCACUGGUUGCUCUUCCCCAGUCAGAAUCCAGUGCACAUCCUGAUAAACCGCAACUCCCACGCAAUGGCUCUUUAGGGGAACCCUCAGUGACUGAUGACAGAAGUACAUUAGGCAAAGGACAGCAGAUGGUUAUGUUGAUCCAAGCAUCAGCUCUGACCUCACAUUUACAAUUAAGCGCACCAAAGACGCUGUCCCGGCGUGCGCCUCCACAGAUCCAAAUUCAGAGUGCCAUAUCGCUUCAAACCCAGAGCUCAGAAUCCCUCGCUGCUGCUCCUCCUCCUCCUCCUCAGAGACAAAUGCUUAAAGGACCUGAGGGGAGCACUGGAGCUUCAUCUAAUACUAAAAAUCACCCUCUAAUGGGGACAGAUAGGAGAGGCAAUGAUGGAGAGAAUGUGAAAGUCAAAGUGGAGGCCAUUGUUAUAUCAGAUGAAGAGCUAGAGGAGGAGAAAGAGGAAAGCAGAGAGAGAGAACCCGUGAUGGAAGUUGAUGAUGACUUUGAAGAUGACAUCCAGGAAGAAGAUCUGAACAGCCCUCAGUUUCUCUCUUCUCACCCACAGGGCUUCUUACAAUUGACCUCCCAAAUAAAUGAUUACUCCUUCCCCCUCUCUCCCUCCUCCUCCUCCUCUGGGGCUGGACCUUCCUCCCACGAUGCUUCUAACUUCACUGCAUCCCUCAUUCCUCCAUCCACAUCUCAGCAGCAUUCCGACCCUGUUGCAUACUUCCAGGAGCUCCAGGACUCUGUAGGAAACUUCGUAGAGGACGUACCAACGUGUGGUGUCUGUGGAAAAACUUUCUCGUGCACCUACACCCUGAGACGCCACGCCAUUGUGCACACACGGGAGCGGCCGUAUGAGUGUCGCUACUGCUACCGAAGCUACACACAAUCGGGCGAUCUGUACCGACACAUUCGCAAAGCACAUGACCUCACGCUACCAGCCAAACGCAGCAAAGCAGACACAGAGUCCUCUCUGCCAGCGCAGCCACCACCACCUCCACCUCUUAGCUAACACAGAUACCUUUCGCUUCCACAACAAAAUGUACAGUAUGUACAUUUUCUCAAAGACCAUACUGUUUGGUAUGUAAUCUGGACCAACCACCUUUCCUCUCUUUAUUCUCUUCAUAGCUGCCUUCACUUCCUCCUUACUAAUCCUCUACAUUUCCUGAUUCACUAUCUUUUGUCUGUCCUCUUCUUUGAUUUUUUAAUUCAUCAGCUUCUUACAGUACUCCUUCCAUCUGCUCACCACAUGUUUCAUUCAUCAGUAUGUUUCCAUCUCUCUUUGUCCUUAAUCACUCUAAAGCUGAGUUUAUGGUCCAACAAAGAGAGUGUGUUUGCUGUCCGCUGGCAGUUUAGGCGUUGCCCGUAUACCUGCAGAGAGCUCCGUUGUCAUAUGGAGGCAGUGUACAAAGUAUGUGGUGCAACCGGUCUGUGAGACACUUUUGCUUGUGCUGUUGUUGAUCCAUCAGCAUACAUACAGCAUAUAUAACAUACAAAAGAGCUGAAGUGAAGCAGAGUGUUAAAACAGUAAAAAGUUGUCAACUGCAGCCACUGCCUGUUCUGUAUUUUUCACCCCGAAUGGAAAGAUGUACGCAGACAAACACAUUUUUGGGACCAUAAAUUACGCUUAGCCUGCUGCACAUAUUAUCCAAUCUCCCAUCGUCCAAUCAAUCUCUAUCUAGCUAAUUAUUUCCUCAAUUUAUGAACUUUUGUUUCAGAUAAUCCUAGACAUAUAUCCUGUUUUACCCCAGAAGGUUGGUUCUGUUCAUCUGGAUGUAGCAUUUUCAAUGGGAGAAUCGUUUCGUCACUCACCGAUUAUCUUCUUCAGUCUCAGCUGACUGCAGGUUUCCCCAACCUUGUAAACAGUACAUUAUACAUUGCACAAUAACAGAACAAGCUCACUGAAUGAGCAAUGGGUUGUAAGGUCACUUCCUUGAUUAUUAAUAUGCAAAUUGUCCUGACCAUUGAUCAACAUCCACUGAUCAAAGACCACUGAUCAAUGGCCAGUACCGUUCACAGAGUUGGGGAAUGGCUGCAUUGUGAGAUCACGAAAGAUGUACCGCUGGCCCCCUCCUCGAUUCAGAGAUGGUCUUUCCCUUUUCACCUAAAUGGCCUUCUUGACUCCCCACUCAAACCAGCGUUCCUCCCUGUCCAGGAUGUGUACAUCCUCAUCAUUGAAAGAGUGUCCAGUGGCCUGUAGGUGUAAAUAGACUGUGGAGUCCUGGCCUGACAAGUUAGCACUUCUGUGUUGUGCCAUCCACUACAUUAUAUUAUAUUACUCUGUUUAUGUAGGGGGACCCUAUCCUUAGGAUGGACCUAUUUUUGACGCAGCAUGUUUUUGGGAUUUAAAAGCCACAGAGAUUCAGUGUUUAGAAAAUGAUACUCCUGACAUAUAAGGCACUACUAUGGGCUUUCGCUUAGGCAGCAGAUGUCCUUCUCUCCUGGAUCAGCUGGAGCUUUCUUUAGGCACCUUCCCAGUUUUGACAAAUGUCCAGCUGGGAUAACCACAUUAGCUCAGGGCCUUCUUGACGUGAUGUUCUUCUGCUUCCCUGGCGCUUUGUCUGUGGGGAUGGUGUUCACUCUAUGUUGAGGCAUCCUGAUGACACCAAGUUUGUGCUCCAGUGGAUGAUGAGAGUCAAACCUUAAAUACUGAUCUGUAUGCGUAGGUUUACGGUACACAUUAGCUUUUAAAUGUCCCCCAUUACUGAUGGAAAUCUCACAGUCUAAGAAGGCUAACCUGUCAGUUUUUGUAUCCUCCCUGGUGAACUCCAUAAUGACAUACCUCACCUUAUCAACAAAAUCCAAGGUGUUCUGGAUGCGGUGUUUAGAGCUGUCUACCAAUGGGUGAGUUGAUCAUACAGACAAUUGGUCUUGAAGGUGCCCCCUGUUUAUGUGUCUUCGGCAAACCGUAAAGACUUGGUGUUGAUUCCCCUAUAGCUUGUCAUAUGAAGUCCGGUCAAUAGCGUUGUCUUGUUCUAACUGCUUCAGACAAUCUACCACCCUCUUCCUGUAGCCACUUCCUGGGUCUCGUUUGAGGGGUUCAUAAGUAUUUUUGUCACUGAGCAGUGACAGCAUGUUCUCAUGAUAGUCUUUCUAGUUUAGCAAGACCGUGCACCUACCCUCAUCUGCUGGAAAGAUGAUAAUGUUAUUGUCAUUACUAAGUGAUGUGAGUGCCUUCCUCUCCUCCAUGCUGAUGUUAGAUGCUGGGGGCUUUGCAUUGCUGAGACAGGCUGGAACUCUGUAGUUGUUCUGCUUCCAAGUCUGCAAUUUUGUUGUUGUCGAAUUGCUGUUUCUGUGGCUGUGAUCAGUUCCACUAGUGGGAUUUGUCUCGGCGUCACAGCAAAGUUCAAACCUUUUGCAAGGAUGUUUUUCUCUGGUUGGGUGAGUUGUCUGUCAGACAAAUUUUUCACCCACUUGUCCACAUCUUUGUUGUGGAAUUCUUCUCUCUUCUGGCUGCUGGGGACACUCUCUGUAUUUUGCUGUCGUUUCCGACGCAUAACAAGUAAGUCAAACUUCCUUUGUUGUCUGAUCUUAGACUUCUCAUGCUGUGCUAGACGAGCCUUCUCAGUGAAUUCAAGCACCUUUUUAAGAGUAUUCUCAUCUAGAAGCAUUGUAAGUCAGCUAGGACUGAAGAAGUCACUUGGAUGAGUGACAAAACGUUUCUCC